GUCAAUUUGGCAACAUUUUAAUCUACACACUUUGCCUCUUUAUUCGAUCGAUCCCAAGUCUCAACUUCGUACUGGAGUACGCAUUACACCAAAGGGGAGUUAGGGUUCCUCCAUCAUCUCGCCGCCGGCCCCGCGUCUCCUCCAUAUCGCCGGUUACUCUCGUCGUCGGUGCUGCCACCGUGCCCCCUCCAAGAUUUUUCUUAUUCACUUUGAUUUUCGAUUGUUCGUUCAAACUUGGGGUUUCUCCUUCAGCAUUUUGGUUCUUUGAAAAUGAAGGAAUUCAGGAGAGUUUCGAAACGUGGCCGAGGUCGAGGCGGUGGUCGGGGGACUCUCAUGGUUAGACAACUAACACCACCUAACCUUCCUCCACCUCCAUCACCACUGCAAAUUGAUGGGUUGGAGCAAGGAAAGAUUGAGCUCACACCUGAUGGGUUAUGGUUUUGGGAUAGUACGGUUGCCGGUCAUGUCACAAAGUCUUGGAAGCGACACUACAAUUACCCUUACUUGAAUUAUAAAGAGGUGCCUCUUGCAGUGAAGGACCUUUGGUUCACUGAGUUUAAGGUUAAAUAUACUUGGAGACCCGAGUUCAAUGUUAGGGCUAGGAAAGAUUUUGAUACAAAAUGUGGUAAUCGCUUAAGGGAUACAUUGAACAAAGCUGCUGUUAUUCCUCUUCAUCAGGACAUCGGGUUCAUGACUGAUGUUGUUCGGGCUGAAUAUAUAAAGAGGCGAAAAGACCCAGAAUUUGUGAAACGUUCCAAGAGAGCCAAGACUAAUAGGUUAUCUGGCCAAACUGAAGGUAGUUUUGACCCUGGGCAUCGCCAAGGUAGCAUUUCUACUCCUAUGGUGGUUGCAAAAAUGGCGAGCCUUAACAACGGAAUUUUACCAACCGCAGCUGUUGUCUAUGAGAAGACACAUUCUAUUCCUGUGGGCGGUGAGGGUGAAACUGAUUUGAUUGGUGAAAAGGCAAUUGAAAUCAUGGAUGAAUACAAUGAGAAACUCGAGGCAUAUAAGAAUAAAGGAAUUGAGGUAGACCCCAAUGAUUUGUUCCUAGAGGUUGUUGGUGGGCAAAAGAAAGGCAAAGUUUACGGUUUAGGGAGUGCUUCACAAAUGUAUUGCAAGCAACAUCUUUCUUCUCACCCUACCACAUCAUCUUCCACGCCUUCCAUGACUUCUCAAUUAAGCUCUCAAGUAGAAGAAUUGAAGAAGAGGGUAGAGGAAACCGAAAAAGUGGCGGCGGAAAGCUUAAGUUUGGCUAAGACAAUUGCCGAAGACUACAAAGUUGAAAAAGCCACAUGGCAGAAGGAGAGGAAGAAUAUGAUAAUCUCGAUGAGGGAGAUGGAAACCACGAUCCUUUCUGUCCGGCGUAGUACUCCAACUCCUACCUCUACUCCUACCCCUACCUCGACUCCUACUCAUACCAUUUGUGAAUAUUUAACCUAGAUUUGUCAUUUUGGAGGUAAUUUUGUGAAUGUCUAACAAGUUUGUUUUGGAGUAAUUUUGUGAAUACGUUGCAUGCCCACAUUGGAGGAGGGAAUUUUGUGAAUGUCUAACAUGAUCUUUUUGGAGAUAAUUUGUAAAUGCCCUAAUACAUUUUUAUUAGGAGGAGAUUUUUGAAUCCAUUAGUGGUAUGGUUCAAAACAAUGUAUUUGAAUACAAUUGGCCGGUUUAGUGAAUGAAAAUUAUGAGAUAUUUAGGAGGUUCGAUGUAUUA